AUGGCUUCUGAAAGUGCGCCUGUACUGUCCACUCCGGCCGAGCACAUCCUGGAAGAGCCAACGCCUGUGAAAGUCCGAUCCAGCGAAUCCAGACUAUCAGAAGAACAACUGUACCUGCAGUAUGAGAUCAAACGGACGAUCGACGAAAUCCGAGAUGGCAAAUGGAAGCGCAUUGCUUUGCAGUUCCCAGAUGACAUGCUCGUGGAUGCGCCGAGAGUUUUUGAGCGGAUACGGGACGGCCUAAAGGCGGCCAGGAAAAAUGCUUCAAUAGAUUCUAACGGAAAUGUCAACGAUAUCGCGGAGUCCUUGGCAGAGACCUCCCUGGGGAACGCUCAGACGCAUCCAAACCUGGACCUUGUUGAGGAAAAACUAUGCAUUUUGGGCGACACUUCAUAUGGGGCAUGUUGUGUGGACGAGGUGGCCGCUGAGCAUGUUGACGCCGAAGUUGUUAUCCACUAUGGCCGAUCUUGUCUGUCGCCUACGGCUCGAUUACCCGUCAUCUAUGUCUUCACAUCGAAGCCUCUCGAUCUGGACGCCGCUGUCGAGUCUUUCAAGUCGACGUACAAGGAUUUGGAUGAGAAAGUCUGUCUCAUGGCCGACAUUCCCUACUCUCACCACCUGAACGAUCUGCAACUACGGCUGGCUCGAGAAGGUUACAGAAACGUAUUCACGACGAGCAUCAUUCGCGAUCCAGCAUCUUUGUUACCCAAUCGAACCCUGCCUGCAGAGGUCCAGGAGAACGCAGAAGCACUCAAGGAGUAUUCUAUUUUCCACGUUGCCACACCGCCGACCUCUUUACUCCUGAUUCUGUCUUCUCGAAUCAAAGCGAUGCACAUCUUCGACACGGAUUCGAUCUCCCCCGCAGCCCUCGAAGCCUCCACGAGGCAGCUACUUCGUCGCCGUUAUGCACUCAUCACUCGACUGAGCACUGUGCCCAUAUUCGGCAUCCUGAUCAACACACUUUCAGUAUCCAACUACAUGGACGCCCUCUCACACUGCCAAGACCUGAUUCGCCGAGUAGGCAAGAAAUCCUACACGUUCGUAGUAGGCAAAGUCAACGCCGCGAAAGUCGCCAACUUUGCCGAGAUUGGCGGUUGGGUGGUCAUAGGAUGCUGGGAGAGCAGUCUGAUCGAGAGCAAAGACUUUUUCAGGCCGAUCAUCACGCCUUUCGAAUUGGAGGUGGCGCUGCAGGGAGAUGAGCAGAGGACCUGGGGUGGGGAGUGGAUUGGUGACUUCUCUGCGCUGCUGGGGAAAGAGAACAGCGAGAAUACCAAUGGGCAAAUGAAUGGCCACUCUCAAACUGAAGCCGAAUCAACAUCUCAUGGAGACUGGGACGAAGCUUCAGACGACGAGCCCCCCGAAUUCGACCUCCGCACAGGUCGCUACGUCUCCCAAUCUCGACCGAUGGGCAGACAAUCUCGUCCAGCCGUCGCUGCAAAUGGUGACAAUGCCAAUUCUGAACCAGGACCAGCAUCUUCAGCCCUCGUCCAGCGUGCUAAAGGCGAUGUAGCAGCCAUCGGCGGCCAAGUUUCACCAGCAGCUGAAUAUCUUCGCUCCAAACGCACGUGGCAAGGUCUUGGGAGCGACCACGAGAUCUCGUAUGAGCGCGAUGAGGAAGGCAAGAUCAGAGGUGCAGCCAUGGAGGAAGGCAGAAGUGGUGUGGCGAAAGGGUACAGUGUUGGAGAAGACUCCUCGAAGACCUGA